CAGUUCGCCGUGGUACGGCGGUGUCGUCAACGGAGCACGGGCACAGAGUACGCCGCCAAGUUCAUCAAGAAGCGACGGAGCAAAUCCAGCCGACGCGGGGUCACUCGAGAAGACAUCGAGCGCGAGGUCAACAUCCUCAAAGAGAUCCAGCACCCAAACAUCAUUACCCUCCAUGAGGUCUUUGAGAACAAGGUUGACGUCAUUCUCAUCUUGGAGCUUGUGGCCGGCGGAGAACUCUUUGACUUCCUGGCAGAGAAAGAGUCGCUGAGCGAGGAGGAAGCCACGCAGUUCCUCAAGCAGAUCUUGGACGGUGUCUUCUACCUGCACUCCAAACGCAUUGCCCACUUUGACCUCAAGCCAGAGAACAUCAUGCUUCUGAGUCGCUCGGCACCACACCCGCGCAUCAAGCUCAUCGACUUCGGCCUGGCGCACAAGAUUGAUUUUGGCAACGACUUCAAAAACAUUUUCGGAACGCCGGAGUUUGUCGCUCCUGAGGUGGUGAAUUAUGAACCUCUGGGCUUGGAGGCAGACAUGUGGAGUGUUGGUGUGAUAACAUAUAUUCUGCUGAGCGGGGCCUCCCCUUUCCUGGGCGACAACAAGCAAGAGACGCUGGCCAACGUGUCGGCCGUGGACUACACUUUUGACGAAGACUUCUUCAGCGGCACCAGCAUCCUGGCCAAAGACUUCAUUACCAGACUCCUCAUCAAAGACCCCAAAAAGAGGAUGAGCAUUCAGGAUAGCCUUCAACACCCAUGGAUCAAGCCCAAAGAUACACAACAGGCGCUGAGUCGGAAAGAGUCUGCGGUCAAUAUGGAAAAGUUCAAAAAGUUUGCAGCUCGAAGGAAGUGGAAACAAUCCGUUCGACUCAUCUCCUUGUGCAACCGCCUGUCGCGCUCCUUCCUAUCCAGAAGCAACAUGAGCGUGGCGCGUAGUGACGACACAUUGGAUGAGGAAGACUCAUUCGUGAUGAAGGCCAUCAUCCACGCCAUCAACGAUGACAAUGUUCCGGGCCUGCAGCAUCUACUGGGCUCAUUGAACAGCUACGACGUCAAUCAGCCCAACAAGCACGGGACGCCGCCGCUGUUGACGGCAGCCGGCUGUGGCAACGUUGACAUCAUCAAGGUGCUCGUCAGGAAAGGAGCCCACAUUCAUGCCCUUGACAAGAGUGGAGCCAACGCCGUCUACUACGCAGCGAGACACGGUCACGUGGACACCCUCAAAUUCCUCCAUGCCAACAAAUGUCCUCUGGACGUACAAGAUAAGUCUGGUGAAACAGCUCUGCACGUGGCAUCUCGCUACGGCAAUGUGGAUGUGGUGAGCUACCUCUGCGGCAUCCGGGCAAACCCUGACCUCUGUGACAAGGAGCGAGAGACGGCUUUGCACUGCGCGGCCUGGCACGGCUACUCGGCCGUGGCCCGGGCAUUGUGCCGGGCCGGCUGCCGCGUGGACGCCAAGAAUCGUGAAGGCGAGAGCGCCCUGCUUACCGCGUCCGCACGUGGGUUCGUGGACAUCGUGGAGUGCCUUGCGGACCACCGUGCCGACCUGGAGACCACCGACAAAGACGGCCACACCGCUCUCCACCUGGCUGUGCGGCGGUGCCAGCUGGAGGUGGUCCGAUGCCUGCUGACUCGCGGCUGUCAGACGGACCGUCAGGAUCGCCACGGCAACGUGCCGCUGCAUAUCGCCUGCAAGGACGGAAACCUGCCGGUUGUGGUCGCACUCUGCGCUGCCCGAGCCGUACUCGACAUCCCCAACAAGUAUGGCCGGACCCCCCUCCACCUGGCUGCCAGCAACGGGGGCCUUGAAGUUGUGCGUCACCUCUGCCUCUCUGGCGCCAAUACGGAUGCCGUCACCAACCAAGAUGGAAAAAGCGCUGAGGACUUGGCGUCAGCUGAGCAACAUGACAUUAUAGUGGCCUUGUUAGGAAAGCUUAAAAAGGACAACCACAAGCUGGCCUUCAUCCAGCAGCUGCGGUCCACGCAGACGGUCCAGCCGCGGAUCAAGCUUAAACUUUUUGGCCAGCAGGGGGCCGGCAAAAGCACGUUGCUGGAGUCUCUAAAGUGCGGCAUCCUGCGCAGCUUCUUCCGACGGCGACGGACCACCCGGAUGACCAACUCGGCGAGACACCCAAACUCUCCCGUCAAUUCCAAGCCCGCCGUGUCUGUGAGCAUCUCCAACUUGUACCCAGGCUGCGAAAAUGUCAGUGUGCGCAGCCGCAGCAUGAUGUUCGAGCCCAGCUUGACCAAAGGCGUCCUGGAGGUCUUUGCGCCUGCGCACGGUGGCCUGUCACCUGCCGCGGCCGCCGACGAUUUAGCCACCAGGGCUGUCGACAUCCAGCACGCGAACAUCCACGGCGUGGGAGAUUUCAGCGUGUGGGAGUUUUCCGGAAACCCUGUCUACUACUGUGCCUACGAUUACUUUGCGGCGAACGACGCCACGGCCAUCCACGUGGUUGUCUUCAGUCUGGAGGAGUCCUACGAGAGCCAGCUCAGCCACAUCAGCUACUGGCUUAACACCCUGAAAGCCUUGACGCCGCUGGACAACCACAUCCUGUUCGGCGGAAGGGUCCAGCAGCCCCUGGCAGUGGUCCUGGUGGGCACGCACGCCGACCUGGCCGACGUUCCCAGGUCUUUUUCGGGAGAAUUCAGCUACAACAAAGAGAGAGCUCUCCUCAAGGAAGUCAGGAGCAGGUUUGGAAACGACCUGCAGAUCAGCGACAAGUUGUUCGUGAUGGACGCCGGCGCUCCCAACUCCAAAGACAUAAAGCUGCUGAGAAAUCAUCUGCAGGAACUUCGCUCUCAAAUAAUUUCCAGCUGCGGCACUAUGACGCUGCUGUCCGAGCGUCUGUUGGCGGCGUUGCCCGCCUGGCGUAAGCUGAGCGGACCCAACCAGCUGACGUCAUGGCAGCAGUUUGUCAGCGACGUCCAGGAGAACAUCAACCCGCUGGUCAGCCAGGAAUAUCUCAGAAGUUUGGCGAUGCAGCUGCACAGCAUGGGAGAAAUCAACAUCAUGCAGAGCGAGACGGUACAAGACGUGGUCCUCCUGGAGCCGCGUUGGCUCUGCGGGAGCAUUUUGGGCCGCCUGCUAUCGGUGGAGACUCCCAAAGCCAUCCACCACUACAGGGGACGCUACAGGCUAGAGGAGGUGCAGGCCCUGGCACCCGAAAGCGACGUGGAGGAGCUAUUGCAGAUCCUGGACGCCAUGGAUAUUUGCGCACGCGAUGCCGCCGACCUUGCCAUGGUGGAUGUGCCGGCGCUCAUCAAAGCAGGGGGGCUGCGUCGCUCAUGGACCGAGGACGACGGCGAAGGGGACGUCGGCGCCGUCUACGGCGGGGUCCGACUAGUGCCCGCAGAGCACCUGGUGCCGUUUCCCUGCGGUUUGUUUCACAAGCUGCAGGUCAACCUGUGCAGGUGGAGCAGACAGCAGAAGCCUGAUGAUGAAGAAGAGGAGGCGGAUGAAGAAAGGGACGCCGAUGUCCAUCUGUGGACAGACGGGGCAAAGGUGAGCCGGUGGGGUGCAGAAGCCAUGGUGCUGCUGGUCAAUCACGGCCAGGGCGUGGAAAUCCGGGUUCGUGGUCACGAGUCUCAGAGGGCCAAGUGCUACGCCAUGUUGGAUGCCGUUUGCGGCAUCGCCGAGAACCUGCUGGCGUCCACCUUGCCGGGGCUGCUGACGGCCAAAUACUACCUGAGCCCCCAGCAGCUUCGCGAGCGCCACGCUCCCGUUAUGGUCUACCAGCCCAAGGACUUCUUGAGGGCGCAGGCGCAGAGGGAGACCUCACUCACCAACACCAUAGGAGGCUACAGAGAGAGUUUCAGUGCCAUCUUGGCCUUUGGCUGUGCCGAGGUAUACCAGCGCGCCGUCCUGGGCCCCGACGUGCACAUAAGCGAUGUCUCGCCCUUAGCCCGCCGAAAGCUUUGCCGCAUGCUGGAUCCGCCUGACGCCCUGGGCAAGGACUGGUGCCUCCUGGCCAUGAACCUUGGCCUCAGCGAGCUGGUGGCCAAGCACGGCGGCAACGGGCCGGCGCCCGAUGGGACCCACCCGAGCCCCACGGCCGCCCUGCUACGCGAGUGGAGCGGGAGCUCGGGCGGCACAGUGGGCGUCCUCAUGCUCAAACUGCGGGAGCUGGGCCGAAGGGACGCCGCCGACUUCCUCCUCAAGGCCUCGCCCGUCUUCAGGGUCAAUGCCGAGGGGCUCGGCACCGACGCUUACCCCGCCGCCUGUAACGGGGGCACGUCCUACAACUCAAUCAGCUCCGUUGUUUCCCGCUAA